ACCAAAGAACACCUGUACCAGCUCAAAGGAAGUCUUUGUAGAAAAAGAAUUUUUAACAUUGGAAAAGCCAUGACGGACUCCAACAAGAUGAUCAUCAACUUGGCCCUCUUCGGCAUGACUCAGAGUGGAAAAAGUUCUGCUGGCAACAUUCUUCUAGGAAGCACUGACUUCCACAGCAGCUUUGCUCCAUGUUCUGUGACCAGAGAGUGUAGUCUGGGCCGCAGUUGUCACCUCCAUGGCUUCAUGCGUAGAGGGGGGCAAGAAGUAACCCUGCAGGUCCGGGUGCUGGACACUCCAGGUUAUCCGCACAGCAAGCUCAGCAAGGCACGUGUAAAACAAGAGGUGAAAGAGGCCCUGGAACAUCACUUUGGGCAAGAGGGUCUCCAUCUUGCACUGCUGGUCCAGAGAGCAGACGUGCCUCUCUGCGGUGAGGAGGCAUCUCCCUCAGUCCAGAUGAUCCAGGAGCUUCUGGGACAUGCUUGGAAGAAUUAUACUGCCAUUCUUUUCACCCAUGCAGAAAAAAUAGAAGAGGCUGGGUUCAGUGAAGCUGAAUACUUACACGAGGCCUCUGAUACAUUGCUGACCCUACUAAACUCUAUUCAGCACAGAUAUAUUUUCCAGCAUAAAAAAGGAACCUCGCUUAAUGAACAAAGAAUAAAAGUCUUAGAAAAAAUAAUGGAAUUUAUAAGAGAAAAUAGCUACCAAGUUCUUACCUUUAAAUAACAUUUAGAUAAAAGGAAAAGAAUAUUGGGUUUUAAUACCAGAAACUUGGUUUCAAAAGGGUCUUUGUUAGAAUGGAUGUGGACCAUGAGAAUGCCAAUAUCCUGACAGUGAAAGUGUACACUGGUAUACACACUAUGGAAAUUACCCAAAUGUUCAUCAACAGUAGCAUGGAUAAGAAAAUACUGGUAUUUCACACAAUAACAUGUUAUAUGGUAAUGGGAAUGAAUGAACUGCAUGUAACAGUAUCAAUAAAUUGCCUAAACAUAAUGCUGAAAGCAAGAAGCCAAA